CAAAGCGGUGGCUGCUUUAAUCGGUCCCGACCUGAGGCACCUCAAACGCCAACACUCACUUUGGUCCAACUUUUUAUUUUAUUUAAUACAGACACAAUAAUACUCACCGGUCUUCUAAAAGAGACCGUGAAUAUUUGGCGUUAGCUCACAGAUAACUCUGUGGAGGACUGAAGGGUUUUUUCUCCUUUUUGUGCUGACUUGAAGGGCUGACAAACGCUAAAGAAACCUAUGAAAACAACAAGCUGAUAAGUUUGGAAAAGUGAACUUACAAAAAAGGUAGCUGCUGAAGAUGGGUCGUAAACUGGAUCUGACCGGUCUUAAGGACAACGAGGCCGCGCAUGUCCUGCAGGUGGUGCAGAGAGAUAUGCGGCUGCGCAAAAAGGAGGAGGAGCGACUCAGUGAACUAAAGCAGGAGCUGGAUGAGGAGGGCAGUCGCUGCCUCUUGUUGUCACGGCAAACUUGCUUCAACCAGCGCUGCUGCAUCCGCUGCUGCUCGCCCUUCACCUUCCUUCUCAACCCGAAGCGCCAGUGCAGUGAUUGCGGCUACAACGUCUGCAAGGCCUGCCGGGUCUACAGGAAGCGGGACAAAGCCUGGCUCUGCUGCGCCUGCCAAAAGAGCAGGUUACUGAAGACACAGUCGCUCGAGUGGUUCUACACAAAUGUGAAGAAACGCUUUAAAAGGUUUGGCAGUGCUAAAGUGCUGAAGACCCUCUACAGGAAACACUUGUCAGAGCACAGCGCUCUUUCAGAGCUUACAGAAGGCAGCGCCUGCGAUGAGAGCAUCUACACCGAGGACAGUAUAUGUGGGAGCGACUCAACUUUCUACAGGCAAACUGAAGAGCACAGCAUAACAGAGACACUCAGCGUGGCCCUGCGGGUUGCAGAGGAGGCCAUAGACGACGCCAUUUCCAAGGCUGAGUUUGACGCCUUGACUCAGGAAAGUCAGAAUGAAGCACUUUAUCUGCGGGAGCACAGAGGAGAGCUCAUCGAGGAACUGGCCCAAACCAUUGUGCAAAAAAUCAUUAGCAGGAGGAAGACUUUGCCUGAGAUGAAGGUAGACUAUGACCACGGCUGGGUUUCUGAACACAACACUGACCCUCACCAUCAUCACUCUGCUUGCGAUCAGCCGUCUGGAUCCCAACAAAGAUCGCAGUCAGCCUUCACUCUGCUGGAUAACAGUCUGAAACCAGACUUCCCUACGGCCUUAAAGAUAGAGGGCGGUGCAUCAGCCAUGACAGCCUGGAAGAGUGUAGAUCGACUUGACAACUCCGUGCUGAAGAGCCCAGAUGGGAACUGGAUCGCCCUGCAAAGCGCCCAGCUGUCCCGGCCUAGCCUCCUCACUAAGAGGAAGAGUCUGGUCUACAGUGCCUUGGAGAGGGAGUCCGGCGUGGUUUCUGCCUAUCAAGACCUGGGCUCUGACAGUGAGAGCAAACCAGAGCCGGACAGCUCCUGGGGUGCUGUCCUGCAGGAGAUCCACCGGAAGAUGAUGGACUGUAGCUCCGUCCAGCACGACUUUGGUGACGGCAUCAUGGCACCAAAAGGCUACCAGGUCAACAGAGAUGAUCCGUUUUCAGACUCCGAGGGGAACUGGAAGCGUAAUAAGCCUCUGCUCGCUCUCCUAAAGCGGAAGGUGCCUGCAGAGUUCAGGAAGCCAUCGUCAUCCCGUAGGACUAGCAUCAUCGAUGUAGACUUUAACCUGAAACAAGCAGAGAGGCAGAGCGAGCUCAAGGUGUCUGAUGAGCAAGAAGAGGGAAAAAUCAGGAAGACCCGGAAAAAGAGGAGGAGUAAAAAAGAGCCAGCAGCAUCUUCUUCAAUGUCGGAUUUAAACAACAAAGACCACUGUUAUUCACUACCCUCCGAUCCUACAACUCCCCACACCUCUGCAGCCACAACCCCCGAACCUUUUGACCCCAACAACGAGAUCACGGCAAACGCAGUCUGUCACAAUGUCAAUGACUUCACUUCAGAACGGGGAGGUGGGUGUGAAAUGGAUGUUGACUUGGAUGGAGGAAGAACAAGUAAAGAAGAGGAUGAAAAAGAUGACGAGGAGUUGAGACACAGAUUAUACAGGCUUGUUUCCCAGGCCAGCCUCACAUCCUUGUCCUCUACUGAAGAUGAGCCAGAGGAAGUGGAACAAAAUCACAGGGAAUGGGACAAAGACACAGUCAGGCAUAAGGAAGACAAAGAGCAGGUAUGGACAGAGAGACUAACCCACAGGCUCUGUCAGCUCGAAAGGGAAGCCAGAGCAACGCAGUUCUCGUCCACUGAGGACGAGCUGGACAGAAUGGGCCUUGAAAGGGUAAACAAGGAAGAGGAGAUUGGAAGAGAUGGGGAUCUGGCUGUUAAAUUAUGCAGAUUAGCCAACGAAGUCAAUGCCAGCCAGUACUCGUCCACCGAGGACGAGCUGGAUAAGGCGGGAAGAGGAGAGGGCGGGGAGGACGGGGCAGAUGAAAAGGAGCUGUGGAGGCUGCAGCCGGAGAAAACUCCGCUGCGUGAUUUGGCCAGCUUAGUCAGCGCCUCCCAGUUUUCCUCCACUGAGGAUGAGCUGGACAGACUGGGAGAUGAUGAGGGAAAACAGGAGCAAGAGGAAAAUGGAUGCGGCAGGGAGACGAGGGAACUUUGGGAGGGAGAGGAAUCAAUUGGGGACAUAGACAUGGAUAUGUUUGAUAUGACAGAGGAAACUAAAGAAAGGGAGCAAGAGAGGAGUGAGAGAAGAAGGAGCCAGCCAGAGGAUGAAGAUGAGGCGAGCGGCAUACAGAAAACCAAGCGAGUAAUAGGGGACGGAACAAUGGGAAUGCAGCAAUUACACAACAAAUACAUGGAAAUAUUUAGACAGUCAGUCGGAAGACAAGAGAUCCACAUAAAAACAGAAGUGGAGGCGGAAAGGACAGGGCAGUUAAAGGAAGCACAGGCUGAAGAACAGAAAGAAGUACAUGCAAAGAGGACAGACGAAGAGCUUGAAAACGAGUUCCUGGAAGAAAGCAGAGAGAGUGAGAGAAAGUUAGAAACGGACUCAAAAAGCGACGAAGACGAUGCAGAAUUUCACAAAAUAAUCAGCAGCAUGUUGACAAUGACUCUGGAGGACAUGCAGGCAGAAAUGACGGACAAAGCUGGAGAGACCGAACAAAGAGAGCCGGAGGAUGGCAAGGGAGAGGGAGAGAGUGGAAAAUAUGCUACGGAGGAGACAGACGACAGGUCAGAGUCAGUGAUAGAAAUAUGUUUCGGCAAGGAAACCCGCGGGCAGAUUUCUGGCAAACAGCAGAAACGUAACAAUACAGGUAGAGAUGAAAAGACUUGUGAAGAAAGCAGUGAGUACAUGACUGCCAUCAAACAACUCCAAACAAAUGAAACCAAGCUGACAAGUCCAAAAAGUGAAGAGGAUGGCGAGAACCCAGAGGGACAAAGAAACACGGCCUGGUCCGAAGGAGGAGCGAUGAACACGGAUGCCACAGACUGUGAGCAGAAAGACAGAGAUGCACAAGUCAAGGAAGAGCAGAAGGCUAAAAAGGCAGAACAGAGCGCCCCCUAUGCUCAGCUAGGAGAGUUGCUGUCACCAGAGGAGAUUCAGAACGGUAGCAAUGUGAUGCUUUACAAAACUGUAGAGCUAGUAUCAUCUAUGCUGGAGCAGAGAUACUCUGCUGCAUCUUUACGCAGCAUCACCACUGAGGUGCUGAAGGUGCUGAAUGCAAGCGAGGAGCUGCUCCAGGGAGUGGAGGGACAAGACAAAAUGCGAGUCUCCACAAUCUCACUGCCCCCAAACACAGACCCAAAGAAGCUGGACGAACAGUUCUGGAAACUGGAAGAAAAUGUUUACGUGACAGCUGGUUCUGUGUACGGCCUGGAGGCAGAGCUGGGGGACCUGGAGGAGUGUGCCAGAGGAAUUUGCAGCUCCACGUCCGAUAUGGAGCUUUCCUUCCUGGAGGAGCAGGUGGCAGCAGCAGCCGCCAAGGUUCAGCAGUCCGAGCUACAGAUAUGUGACAUUUCUGCAAGAAUCACUGCUCUGAAGAGUGCCGGCCUAAAUGUGGACACUCAGGGUCGCUUCACUAAGCCCAGGGCGACCACAGAUAAGUCCGUUACUCUUGAUUCCUCGAGACAUCUGAGAAGAAGACUACCUGCACCACCAGUAAAAGAAGACAAGGGGGCCUAAAGCAUCCACUCUCUACAGGACCCUCUUUAACAGCAGUGCCUUCACCCCAUCACCCUGCCAUCCACAGACCGGUCUUAAAUGAUACGUUCAAACACCAGCUGCCUUAAACCACACAUGCCUCAAGCAAUAUGAAGCAUGAAUAUGUGCACAUAUUUGGGUCACAGAUAUUCUGUAUUUAUACCAAGCCCUGUAACCUUGACAAUAGCGGUAAAUAUUUUGAGAAUUCAAGAUUUGUGCAAAUGUAAAACAUUGUACUUGUGACCCAAUUUGGAGCAGAGUGUGCGCAAGCAGAGAGCAGACAUCUACGUUUAAAGGUCAACUGCAUGUGUCCCUGAAAUUACUUGUGUAAAUUGUGGCACAUUGUGCAGCUAUCAAACAAAGAAAACAAUGAUUAAGGAAAUUGGCCAAUCAGAAAACAGGUUGGUUUGUCAGGUAUUAAUUAGACAGCAGAGAAAGUGCUGGAGUGACCCAGCUAUUUGGAUUAUAGAGUAAGGCAGUGCUGCCCCUCCCCCACUUGUUGCUUCACACUUGUCUUCAGCUUGCUUAAAGGAGGCUAUUAUAUUUUUUCUCGUUUACAGAAAAAUACCGGUUUAUUUACUGUCACAGAAAUCUCAGACAUUCGAAGUGCAGGAACUUAAUGAGCAUUAUCCAUCUCUCUUUUUAAAGGAAUAUUGUUUUUGAACAAAAGCUUGUAAACUACAAGCUGUCAAGAGAUCUGUUUCAACUAAAAUAAACCCCAAUUGUCUCUUAAAUCAUUGCGUUUAUGUAAGGAGAGUUAAGAUUUACCUAAGAUAUUAAAGUUUUAAAUAUUUUAUCGGCCCAAAUGUGUGCCUAUAUAAUGAGCACUCUGCAUAUUGUCUCACCCUGAAAAAUACAGAAAGCUUGUUGAUUUUUAUUUAGGUCAAGCGUACAGAGCAGAUACAACAUUGCAUUUUCAGUUAACUGAUCAAAUAUUUUGUGAAAUCUAAUCAGCACACACCUAUCUGAUUAGAGGAACAAAGAGAAUCAACCCACCGAAAAUAGGUUCACAGAUGCAUAAAAAAAAUAUUUGUUUUAAUCAAAGCACCAUAAAGUUUUCAUUUUAAAUCUUCUACUCAUAGAGUUUAUUUAAUAACACUUAUAUGAAAUCAGUGAAGGCUAAAUGUAGAAGCAGCAACAAAAUAAAAUCAGUAAUGUACAAGAAAUGUGCUAUAUAUAUA